UCCAAAUUAAAUUCAGGGCUGGCUUGAAUCUAUGAUCUUGCUUUGACGACACCUCAAAACGGUGUAGUCUUCAACAAUCCCCCCAUUGCCAAGCAAUCCAUUUUCCAUUCAAUUAUAUAAUCCCUUCUUUCUCCUUCUUCCUCUUCUUCUUCUUCUUCUUCUUCUUCUUCUUCCAGAUCUUCUCAAAAACUUCUUAAUUCCCCUGUUUCUGAUCAAACCCACAAAUCCCAACACCUUGAAAGUUCCAUUUUGGUGGUGGUGGAUGGCAAAAACCAACAAAUACACCUCCAUCAAUUUCAAUCACAUCUACGACAAGAAUCUCUCCCCCAAUUCCAAAACUGGCAACAAUCCCUCUAAGAACCCAUCUUCUUCUUCUUCUUCUUCUUCUUCUUCUUCCUCCUCUUUUGCCUCUGCAACUUAUUCUUCCAUUUCUUCCCCUAACAAGUCCCAUGGCCGCAUGCUUGUCCUGACCCGUCCUACCCCCAAACCCAUCACCUCGCCGCCACCCCUUUCCCCUCAACCCCAAUAUCGACCCCCAUCCGCCGAUCAUCGUCCAGUUCCGGAUCAGACCCGUCCUCCGCAAUCCGAUUCCGAUUCGAUAUCUCUUCGCCCUCUCGGACGGACCGGUACGGGCGGGAUCGCUCCCUCUCCGAUUCCGAGCUUGGAGAAGGACAAGGAGAUUACCCCUCCGGCGGCUGUGACGUUGCAUAAACCGGAGAAAUUUGUGCCACCUCAUCUCCGUGCGGGGUUCGUUGGGAAGGAGGAGAGACCUGUGAACGUUGGGAUCCGAUCUAGGGAAGCGAAUCAGAGGCAGUACGGGAAUUAUGGGUCUCCGAGCCGGUAUGGUGAAGAUGGGCGGCCGAAAUCCGGCGGUGGGUAUGAGAGGAUGAAAGGGGCGGGUGAGGCAAAUCUGGGGGCGAUGGUGAAUCGGCCAAGAUCCAGUGGGAAUCGCCCGAGUUCUAGUGGAUGGGCUCUGUGGAGAUGAAUCAAUCCCUUUAAUCUCGUGAAUAAAUGAUAGAGCAGAGGGGUCUUUUUGUUGUUCUCUGUUUUUAUACUGCUGAGUGCUCUGCUGGCCAAUAACGUAUUCUUCUGAAGCUGGAUACUUUUCCAAGGAUGAAAGUGGAUUACAUUUGAAGCACAAGCCAUGCUGCUCAGCACCCAUCUUUUAUCCUUCUGGAAUCGGUAUUCGUCAUCAGAAUUUUUAUUUUUUUAGAAUUCAUAGUCAUGGAAGAUGAACAGAUACCACCAAGGUGACAAGAUCUCAACAAUGAAGUGACAUCAAAUUCAGAUUGUUAUACCCCAAGGAAAUGAAGUUUCAGCAUUCAUCCCUUUACUGAUUGGUAGUUUGGCUUUUUCACCCCCUCUUCUGUAUUUAUGGAAAGGGAAAGAAAGUCGUUUUGGAAUGUAGAACUGACCAGUGUUAUGCGUUGUCGUCCUCAUCGUUGUCAUUGUCGUUUUAACUGCUUUUAGAUCAGGCUUAGCAUCUUGUGUGUAGGAUGCUCCUGUGUUUUUCAGUUUUUAUCUAAGUUUGUAAAAUAAAGAUUCUUCUUGUGUGAGGAUAUUAGGUUUCAUUCAGUUUAUAAUGAACUGGCCAUUCUAAUGCAACUGCAGGUACAAAUAA